AUGGGCCUGUUGUCUCUGGGAACCCCGCUCGAGUGGAACGAGGUCAGUCAGUAUACGGACCAUGUGCGAGAGCACGGCAUUGAGCAGCUGAUCCAUAUUCACAAUGCCAAUAAAGAUAAGAAGAACGACAGUCUGUUAUGGGGAGAUGAGGUCGAGUAUAUGGUAGUGGAGCUGGAUCCCGAGUCCAAGGAAGCCAAACUCAGUUUGCGUCAGGCCCAGAUUCUCGAUGAUCUGGCUCAGGCUGAGAAGAAGGGCGAUUUGACCGCUCAUAAUGUGGUGUUUCAUCCCGAGUAUGGACGGUAUAUGUUGGAAGCGACUCCUGCUAAACCGUUUACUGGAGAUUUCAAGGACUUGCUUCUUGUGGAAGCUAAUAUGGCUACAAGAAGAACGAUUGCAAAAGAACAUAUGAACAGUAACGAGUUUCCUUUGACUCUGACUUCAUACCCAAGAUUGGGGGUGGGUCAGUUCACCAGUCCUGCUGCUGAACCAAAUGGUAAAGCAUCGAGAUCGUUUUUCUUGCCAGAUGAGAUUAUUAAUCCUCAUGUCCGAUUUCCUACAUUGACUGCUAACAUUCGUACUCGAAGAGGAUCGAAAGUGGCUAUUAAUGUUCCUAUAUACAAGGAUGAGAAAACCCCGUCGCCGUUUGUCGACGAUAGUAUUCCUUGGGAUCGUGAUCUGUAUCCUGAGGAUGCAAACGCACGAGAAGGUGCGGCUCUUCCUGAUCAUAUUUAUAUGGAUUCUAUGGGAUUCGGUAUGGGCUGUAGUUGUCUACAAAUAACGUUCCAAGCCACUGAUAUCGACGAGGGCCGUGAUUUGUACGAUCAGCUGGCUCCUCUUGCACCGAUUCUUUUGGCACUUACAGCCGCCGCUCCUGCUUAUCGAGGAUAUUUGUCGGACCAAGACGCUCGUUGGAACGUCAUAGCCGGUUCAGUGGACGACCGAACUCCUGUUGAGAGGGGACUUGUCCCAGCCGACGAUAUUAACGAGGAGAGUGAGGACAGUGAAGUGGCUCAAAAGGCUGAAAAUAAUGAGAACAGUGAGAAGAAUGAAAAGACAAAUGGCAAAGCACAGUUCUGCAGCUCACAAUCAAACAGAACAAAAACGACUUCGACGACUAAGUACCCCUCUGUGAAAGCCAAUUCCGACAGGGUGAUUCCCAAGUCGAGAUACGAUUCGAUUGAUUCGUAUAUUUCAGGACAUUUAAAGGGCAGUGCCAGUCAUUUUAACGACACCAAACUCGUAAUCAACAAAAAAGUCAAGAAACGACUGACGGAAGCCGGGUUUGACGAGCAGCUGUCGAACCAUUUCGCACAUCUGUUUAUUAGAGACCCUAUAGUGAUCUUUAAAGAGCUGCUGGAUAUCGACGACACAAAAGAAAGUGAUCAUUUCGAAAACAUCCAGUCGACCAACUGGCAAACCAUGCGAUUCAAACCACCUCCACCGUCUGAAGGACCCAACCAAAAUGUCGGUUGGAGAGUCGAGUUCCGGCCCAUGGAGGUGCAAAUCACCGAUUUUGAAAACGCUGCAUUUUCUGUCUUCAUUGUCCUGGUGACACGAGUCAUUCUGUCGUAUAAACUGAACUUCUACAUUCCCAUUUCCAAGGUCGACGAGAACAUGAAAGUAGCUCAUUACCGCGACGCUGUGAAUAAGAACAAAUUCUGGUUCCGCACCGACAUUGAGUCGCCCACUUCACAGCCCGACACUGAAACUGAGCCUUCACCUGGCAUUUAUGAACUGCUAUCUAUCAACGAAAUCAUCAACGGCAAGGCCGACAAAUCGUUUAUCGGGCUCGUACCUCUGAUCCGACGGUACCUGAACUACAUCAACAUCGACCUCGACACCCUGUGCCAACUGGACCGAUACCUGAGCCUGAUCUCGCGCCGAGCCAGCGGCGAGCUGUGGACCGCUGCCACCUGGAUGCGCCACUUCAUCACGAGCCAUCCCAAAUACAACAAAGACUCGAAAAUCUCCAGCGACAUCAACUACGACCUCAUGCAAAAGGUCUACGACAUCACCCAAGGCAAAGGCUGGGACGACGGCCUCACCAAACAUUUUCUCGGCGGCUUCUCCUCCUCUGUACCAUAA